UGAAUUGACAACACAUUCCGCGGUUUAGGAAUAAGUAUAUAUAACUAGAAUACAUGAGUAUUUGACACACGAUCAAUUUGAAAGCAAAAAUAGAAGCAUCAAAGAAAGAAAAAUGGAAGGAAAGAAAGUGUUUCAGUCCCAAAACAAAUCAAGAUUGGCCAUCUUAUCUCUGUCGAAUAUGAUGAGUGUGCCAAGUUCGGUUGUUGCCGUCAUUCAGCUGAAAGUACCGGAUGCUAUAUUUCAAGGAGGAAGCAACGUUGCCCUAUCCGCCGCAGAGAUUCUGGCGGUAGCUCUUCCGAAUGGCGGAGGCGAACCGGAUAAUCUGGAACGUAUUCUUAGGCUGUUAACCUCGUAUGAUAUAUUCGAGGAACAUUUAUGCAGCAACGGUGUAAGGAAAUUCUCCCUCACGGAAAUCGGCAAAUGUCUGGCCACAGAUGAAGAAGGACUUUCUUACUCUCCAUACGUGCUCCAGCACAAUCAAGAUGCAUAUAUGAGAGCUUGGCCUUGUCUCAAGGACGCCGUGGAGAACCCGUCAGUAGAACCGUUCCGGAAGGUGAACGGAGGAGAGCAUGCCAUGAAGUAUUACACAAACCCUAAUCAGAUAGCUUUAUUUAAUAAGGCUUUUAUUGGAAUGACUAGUCCUUUCAUGAGAGAAGUGUUGGAGUUCUAUGAUGGUUUCAAAGAGGUGCAAACUUUGGUAGAUGUUGGUGGCAGUACUGGUGUUUCUCUAUCCUUGAUUAUGGAUAAGUUUCCCAACAUAACUAAGGGAAUCAAUUUUGAUCUCCCACAAAUUCUGGCUAGUGCACCCCAACUUCCAGGAAUAACCCAUGUUGCUGGUGAUGCUACUGAGUUUGUUCCUUCCGGAGAUGCUGUCAUGAUGAAGUGGCUAUGUUCGGGGUUCUCAGACGAUGAAUGCCGGAAGAUGAUGAAGAACUGUCAUAAAGCACUUCCAGCAGAUGGAAAACUGAUAAUAUGCGACCCAGUGUUACCGGAGUUGACGGAUGAAAGCACGAGAACAAAGGCAAUACUUGGUGGUGAUGUAUUUAUGAUGACUAUGUAUGGUACAAAGAAGACUCGAACUGAGAAGCAGUUCAAAGAACUAGGUAUUGCUGCUGGUUUUUCGAGAUUCAGUGUAUUCUAUAUUGACUCGUAUCUGGUGUUCAUGGAGUUCCACAAGUAACCAGAUUUUGAAAACUUGUUUGUGAUGAUAUAUGAGAUUGCCCCUUAAAUGUAUAGCCUUUACUUUUAUAUUAUAACUCUAAUACAUACAUGCUACUUAAAUUAAAAUAUAUGUAGUUUAAAUCCUCUGUCAAACAUGUACGUAAAUCCUAUGGAGUUUAAAUUCUACUUACAAUUUUAAAUUA